AAUGGGCUCCUGGGCCUGUGCCUAGUAGGCCUGUUUAAUGACACAUCCAUGCCUUGGACAAUAUUUUGCAAAUUUCUGCACAACUACUACUGCUGAAUAACUGCACAGCUUAAAAUAUUUUACUUUUUUUAUUGUAUUUUUCUUCUAUUGCAUAGACUAUCUGUGUCUCUUGAUUUUUUUUCUUUCUUUUUCUUUUCUUUUUUUUUUUUUGCAAUACUCGCUUUUAUUGUAAAUUUCUCUUCUUUAUUUUAGUCUAUGUUAUACACCAAUACUCCAAAGCAACGCCCCUGUAUGCGAAAAACCUGCUUGGUAAUAAACCGGAUUCUGCAUUUUAUUGUGAAACGCUUUUUAAACCGGAAACAAGGUGUCCCUUCGUGAAGUCUCGCUGUCCAACUACAACCUCAGCUGAAUUUAUAACACCAGUGUACGGAACCGAACAGGCGGACAAGACAGUGUGUCGCCGGUUAGUUGUUAUCACCUUAUUGUCCGGUAACGUAGUGAUGCGAUGUGAGGAACCCCGCGAGGCUCGGACAGCACCGUUACACCGGUUAAACCGACUGUGGUGGACUCUCCAGCCGCAAAGCCUGGACUGACUUCAGAUUAAAAAAAAAAAAGAAAAACACCCUGCGAUGUUUUUACAUUUCCCAGUGUCCUGAUAACUGCAGACUUCAACCCAAAGUGACAGCACUUCAUUGAGCUACCACUGGGAGUCACAAAAUAUAUAGGCUUCAAACUACUUCUCAGCAACCAGACAUCAUGUCUUCCAGUCAGCGUCGGUCAGAUGUCUACAUAAAGGCAGAACCGAGCAGUCCAGAGGGAGGUGGGGGAGGUCGGAUCAGUCCUGGCGGUGCCUCCUCGGACUCCUCUCAAAGUGGAGGCGGAGGAACCAGAGGAGACGUUGUUAAACGUUAUUCCCCGCCACUCUAUACGCCGGCUCUGCGUUGCCACUUCAAAGAGGAAUCCGGGGAUGUGGCAGAGGAGGGCUCCACUGGAAAUGGAGCAGGGCGGUGCAAGUACGCCCUGAGCACGCUACCCAAGAGGCUGUGUUUAGUAUGUGGGGAUGUGGCCUCGGGUUACCACUACGGCGUGGCGUCAUGUGAGGCCUGCAAAGCGUUCUUCAAGAGAACCAUCCAAGGUAACAUUGAAUACAGCUGUCCAGCAUCUAACGAGUGUGAGAUCACCAAGAGGCGCAGAAAGGCUUGUCAGGCAUGCCGCUUCACCAAGUGCCUCAAAGUGGGCAUGCUGAAAGAGGGAGUUCGCCUCGACAGGGUCAGAGGUGGAAGGCAGAAGUACAAAAGACGCCCAGAAGUGGAGAAUGCAACAUACCAGAGUGCCCCUCUAUCACUGACAAAGGAGGAGAAAGGUUCCUCCAACAUCAUUGUGUCCCACCUUCUAGUGGCCGAGCCAGAGAAGUUAUUCGCCAUGCCCGACCCUCUGCAGCCUGACACAGCCCAGCGCACGCUCACCACCCUGUGUGACCUUGCCGACCGGGAGCUGGUCGUUAUCAUUGGCUGGGCCAAACACAUUCCUGGCUUCCUGUCGCUGUCCCUAGCAGACCAGAUGUCUGUGCUGCAGUCGGUGUGGCUGGAUGUGCUGGUGCUCGGCGUAGCGUACCGCUCGCUCGGCUGCGAGGACGAGGUGGUGUUCGCAGAGGAUUUUGUCCUUGAUGAGGAGAUGUCACGUGUCGCUGGACUGACAGAGCUAAAUGCAGCAAUUAGUCAACUUGCUCGCCGCUUCCGGGCGCUAAACAUGGACCGGGAGGAAUUUGUCAUGCUAAAAGCCAUCGCACUCACUAACUCAGACUCUGUUUACAUCGAGGACAUGGAGGCUGUGCAGAAGCUGCGAGACCUCCUCCACCAGGCCCUGCUGGAGCUGGAAUGUCAGCGGCGCCCAGACGAUCCCCAGCGGGCGGGACGCCUCCUUUUAACAUUGCCCCUCCUCCGACAGACUGCUGGUCGUGCUCUCACCACCUUCUACAGCAUCAAGACCCGGGGCGGUGUACCGAUGCACAAACUAUUCCUGGAGAUGCUGGAAGCCAUGAUGGACUCUCCCUAGAGCGGCAAGCAGCAGGAGGACGCAGAGAAAAGACCCAACAGAGAUCUAGUCUUCAAGAGUGGAUGAGUGGAUUUGUGAGAAGUGAAAGAUUUUAUUAGAGAAUUAUUAAUGAGGAAAAUGGUCCUUUCCCCUCUUUUUCCAUAGGCUACAUGAAAGGAACACGAGAAAAUAAAAACCUAAGUAAGAUGUAACUGCCACGCUUCAGUAAAAAGCUCCGAGAUCAAAGAGUGACAACAUUUAACAUGAACGCCAGACUACUUCUCAGUUUCAACUAAUUUCAUGGUGUGUUUCAUCACAGCGUUGAUCUGCAGUUGCAUAACCGCUGAAGAACAUUUCGGCACCCGAGAACAGACUGCAAACGUGGCUUUUGAACUUUUUAAAAACAAAGCAACAUCUAUUCAUGAAAGCCAUACUAACAUAUCCGGCGAGAGACUCGAGGGUCCAGUAUAGGGUCAGGUUGACAUGCACAUGGAGUGCUUGUAUUUACUAUAGUUUAGUGUGCCGUUGUAGGCAAAUUCAUAGGAAUUACUUGCAAUAUGUUAAAAGCAAUAUACUGACUCGAUUAUUCUGUCACAUUUAAAAUGUGGAUAAAAAGGUGAGACAUCUAGUUGUGUGUGUGUGUGUAUAUUAGUCGUUCUCCACUCUCAGAACCCCAAGUGCUGAUCUCUGAGACCUGGUAGAGGCUGGUUUGUGUCGGGUAUGCUGCGAGUAGAUUUAAAAAUGACAUUUCUGGGGUUAACUACCGGAGUUGGGAACCACUGAUGUACAUAGUAGGUGCAGAAUUCUUUAUAAAAGGUUGUGCAAUUGAUCUGUAGUCCAGGAGAAGUGCAUAUGAAGACUGUGUGCUCAUGGAAUGUGUUACGUGGAAGGGGAUAUAAUCAGUGUUGUAUGUACACACAAAAAAAAUGGCUUCCAUACAAGCAAGCGUGUGCGUCCGUGUGUAGUCCAAACUAAUGAGCUACACUGAGAUCAGGGAAGAACACAACUCUUUGACAUUAAAGCGUGGCAACAACAGUGCUUAGAUAAGAAAUGCAUAUGCCUCAUCUGCUUUUUUUUUUUUAAUAUACGAUUCUCUGCUAGAUCUAGCCACUCUUUUUGACUUCAGCAGCUGCGCUGUUCAAAAACAAUGGUCGGACCUAUUUGAUUUGUGGGCUAUGACACUAAUCCAUAUGAUUGAUAAGUGUAUGAUGAGAUUUGGCUGCAUUUUCUGCAGUCGUAAAGAGCAUUGCGUAAAAGAUCUCGAUUGUUUCGAUGAGAGAUUUCCUCAUUCGUGUACGGACAUCUGUCGAACCUGUAGGUGCCCGGAAUGGGCUCAGGACAAUGCAACAUAUGCAACAUCUUCCUCUUGGAUGUUGAAACCUUGUCUGACGACAUCCUGAAAGCCCUACUCAUUGUCCAGCAGGUUUGUGUACUUUAAAGGUAUACUAUGCAGAAUUGUGGUUCCAGUUUUUGAGUAAGUAAAUGCCAACUCCAGAUUCAGUCUUGUUGAGCGUUUUGCCACGCUGUCUGCACUGUUUCUCUUGGAUGCCUGCUGCUAACGAUCUGGCACCUGGUCGCUACCUUUACAAAAAGGGAGUACGCGCCCAUAAAGGUCCCGAACGUAGAAAAUACGAAGAAAGUAAGAAAAUGCAGGCAGAAAACAAUUCCCCGCCACACACUUCUAGUGAGUCAUAAGUGAUGAUUGAGUGGAAUACUUCUCUGAGACCAUAUUUUUUAGGAAAAUCCUGCAUAGUAUAUCUUUAAACUAGAAAGGAUCAUUAUAGUACGCUUCCCAUGCAAUGCAGAGCUACAGUAUCUGAUGUCAACCAUCAGAUAUUUAGUGGCCAAAGGGCCAUUGAUCUUUCAGCCAUGUACAGUUCCAUUUGAAUAAACAGAAACAUGCAAUUUAUAGUGGAAUAAUAAUAAUAAAGCCAGCAAAUGUGAUACAAAUCCCCCAUUAUGAUUAUAUUUGUGCAGCUUACAGUGUUCUGAAAUUUGUAAAGACUUGAAACUUGCUUUUUCAUACAUUUUACUUUCUAGGAUUUAAGGGUAUUUUAUUUACAUUGUGACACUGUUGUGGGUUUGGUAUUGAAAUGAAGCUUUCCAUUCAGGAUAUUGUGAGGUUUUUUUUUUUUUUUUUAAAUGUAAGCAGUUGUCUGAAACUGAUUGUCAUUUUAGGGAUCAAUUUACAUGGCUCUAUAGAUUUAGCGGCACGGCGAGGCUACAGAGGGCUACCUCAGGAGGCAGAGUAAGCCAGACAGCCAAAUAACUGUGGAGACAAAAUGUAAGUCUUGAUCUUUUGAUAUGUCGACUUAAAUUUGAACAUUGGGUUUAUUGGAUGUCUUUUACAGUUGCGAAAACACCUGAGAUCACUUUUUUGUUUUGUUCUCGUAACUUUAAGGUGUAUAUGGCUCAUUUCUCAUGCUUUAUAAGAUGACCCGUGGUACACUGUCUCACACUGGGUGGCAAACCUACAGUUGGUGUGGCUUUACAGGAAUAAUGGUGCAGCUCGAAAACACUGGAGGUCAUUUACGGCAGUUUAACUUGUAACACACGGGUGUUAUGAUAGCAGCAGGGGGUGCUGCGGAUUAGGGACUGAUACCCUGUGAAAUCUGACACUCCCCUGUUUGGUUUUGUGUUCAUAAGUUACAAAUUACGUGUUUCUAUAGAUUCCUGGGUUGAAUUAGAGCUGCUAAAGUUUCUUCUUAUUAACACAGUCAUUCAACAAUAGUAGUUUUUUUUUUUUUUAAUUAGCAUACCAAUAUGUUCUAGGUACGGUGGGUUAGGGUGAAGGCAGGGUCAUUUGCAAUGUCACUGUUGAAAUUAUACAGUCAUUUGUAGUUUUAUUAAAUAUGUGCGCAUUAAUAUAAAUGAGCAAUACAAUAAAUUACCAAACCUCACACAUUUCCUUGUAUAGCCACAGUGUACAUUUAACAUUGCCAGUUAUAAUGAAGAAUAGUUACUAAACGUUAUAUUAUUUAGAAGUUCCAAUCAAUGUUUGUAUUUUGAAUGACUAUUUAAAUGAUUAAAUUCUAUUUUUUACUCAAUUUACUGUUGUUUGUUGACACUGCUUUAUUUUUGUGUGUGAUAUUGGCUGUGACUUUCUGUGUGUAGAUUUUUUUUUUUUUUCAUUUAGAUAAAACAGUUUGAUGUCCUUGUCUAAACAUGUUCACAUUAAAAAAAAAAAUCACUGUGAAAAAAGUGAGAUCUUCCACUGUCUGACGCAACGGGGAGUGGAUUAUUGUAGGUGCUUUGUGUUGUGUAAUAAAUGGACACACCACCACCACA